CCACCGCCUCUCUUUGAGCCUGUUUCCCACAGUCCCAUGAAGUAGCCAGAUCCAAAACCUUAUAUCCUGUGAAAGUCUAUCCGAGCCUACACCCAGCCGGAUCUGAUCUGCUGACGUGUCGGCUCCUUCUGCUCAGUGCUCAUGCUCAAGCUGCAGAACCAAGCCAGUCAACAAAACUGCCAGCAUGGCAGCAAAAUACUUCUACCGACAGGGCUUUUUAUUACUUUUAUUUAAUUUUAUUUCCACCGCAGCCUUGGAGAGAAGGUUCUCCGACCUGAAAAGAUGCGCGGACGAGGAGUGCAGCAUGCUACUGGUUCGGGGGAAAGCUUUGAGGGACUUCUCUGGACCAGACUGUCGGUUCCUGACAGUUAAGAAGUCGGAGACUAUCUAUGUAUACUAUAAAUUAUCAGGAAGAAUGCCUGACUUGUGGGCAGGAAGUGUUGGAAGUAGCUUUGGCUAUUUCCCAAAAGAGCUUCUUGAAGUGAAACACAUUUAUACUGACAAAGAAAUUGAAGUUCGAGCAGAGGAAACAGAUUUCGUCUGUUUUGACACUGGAUUUGAUAAGUUUGACAAUUAUGACACAGAUUUACUCUUAGGAUCUUCACCAGAGGAAAAUGAUAGGAAAAAUGAGGAAACAUCAGAACAAACGGAAAAAGAAGCUGCCCAUCAUGUUAACUCUGAGGACUCCCACAAAGAAUCAGACGAUCAAAGUGCCUCUUCACAUGAACUCGACAUGACAACUGAAUCACCCACAGAACAUCCUGAUAUACCAGAUACUAGAGAAGGAGAUACCCAAGAAGUUACAGAAUCGGUCUCAAUUUCUGAAGGAGCGCAGAUCCCUGAGGUAGAAACCAUCUUUGGAACAACUUUUGAUGCUGUCGUCUCUGAUGGAGAAAUCACCAAGAAGGUUACCCCAUAUGAAGAGGAGGAAAGUGAAGAUAUGGAAACUCCUCUGGAAGAUGACAUUGAUGUUGAAGAAGAAACUCCUCUGCUGUCUUACUCUGAAGAGACAAUAAACACUCCCGCAGAUAGUACAGUGAAAGUAUCUGAAGGAGUGCAGAUCCCUGAGGUAGAAACCACCUUUGGAACAACUUUUGAUGCUGUAGUCACUGAGGCAGAAAUCACCAAUAGGGUUACCCCAUAUGAAGAGGAGGAAAGUGAAGAUAUGGAAACUCCUCUGAAAGAUGACAUUGAUGUUAAAGAAGAAACUCCUCUGCUGUCUUACUCUGAAGAGACAACAAACACUCCAGCUGAUGGUGCAACCAAAAUAUCUGAAGGAGUGCUGAUCCCUAGGCUGAAAACUACCCUUGGAACAACUUUUGAUGCCGUUGUCUCUGAUGAGGAAAUCACCACCAAAGUAACCCCUUAUGAAGAGGAUGAAAGUGAAGAUAUUCAAAAUCCUCCUGAAGAGGACAUUGGUGUUAAAGAAAUAACUCCUAGGCUGUCUUUCUCUGAAGAAACAGAGGACUUCUUAGGAUCUUAUUCAGACAAAAUUUCAGAAGGGGUGCACAUUCCUAAGUUAAAAACAAAGUUUGGUACAACAUUUGACGCUGUUGUCUCUGAUGGGGAAAUAACUAAGAGAACAACCCCAAAUGAAGAGGAAGAAAAUGAAAAGGUAGAUCAUCCUUCUACAGACAAGACAGAUGAAGAAGAAGGAACUCCACUUUUGUCAUUCUCUGAGACGAACCCUGAUGAUAAACCAGAGACAGAGGAGAAGGGAAUGUGGUCAACAUUUGGAGAUGCUGUUUUCUCCGUUGUCACCGGAGGAGAGAGAACAGCACAAGAUUAUGAUUCAGAGGAAGACGAUGAAGAUGAUGAAGAUGAAGAUGCUGCUUCAGAAACUCCAAAGAGUUUUGAAGAAGUAAGGGAGAGUGUUGACAAACCAUUAGAAUCCUUGAAAGACCAUUUUGUAGAUGAUGUUUCUCAAGAUUCCCCAAACACCAAUGUUGAACCAACAGAUGAUGAUGAUGACGAAGAAGGAGAAGUGGUUGAGCCUGAGGAAGCUUGGGAGGAAACUUUAGAACCAACAGAUGAGCAGAUACAACAUCAAAAAGAAGAUGAGACGUCCAAGGAUCUGGAACCUGAAGAUGGCAGUCAUGCUAUUCCUGAGGCUCAGAAAUUGAACGUUGAAAGAGAGGAUGAACCCUUCGAGCCCAUAGAGGAGGGGGAGGACAAAGUUAAUGUCAAUCAAGAAUUUGCCAGUACUGAAACUGAAAAGCACUCAUCCAGUCAAGAAAAGCAAUCAAAGAAUUCAGAAGUGGAAGCUGAUGGAAAGAUGGUGGCUGGCAGCCUAUCUAAUCAGACAUAUAAACGAGUGAUGACAGAUUCAGAGAGUAAUGAUAUCCAACCAGAAUUAUCAGUGGAGAAACCAGUGAUUCAAGAGGAAACUUUCAAAGAAGAUUUGGAAGAAGAAAAAGACUCAGAGACAGUGGAGGAGAAAGAGCUACUUGAGGAUGAAAAUGCACUUUCUUUCUCACAAUCAAGCACAGAUCCUGACAAACCUUCAACAGGAGAAGCCGAUCCCAAUGUAUCAACUCCGGAGCCAGAGUACAGCGAAGACAUAUUGAGAUUAACUCUUCUCCGUAACCACCUCCCAGAGGAGAAAAUGGAGAAGGUCCUGAAGCUUCUGGGUCUCAAGAAUCUCUUCAAAGUGGAGGCUAUGUUCUCCGACUUGGACAUAGAAAUGAAGGCUACUCGUCUUUCGCACCAGGGUACUAUGCAAGACAUCGAGAGCUCACUAGAGGGCAUCCUGGAAGCCUCUGAAAACACAAUCCUGGAUGAGAUUGAGAAAAUGCUGGAUAGCCGGGCCUCAAAACACAACGAUGAGAGUAUGCACACAAGUAGUUCAGAUGAAGAGACUGAAAUACUGGAUGACUUCCAGGAGCUUGCAUUCAGCUUACGACAGAAGUAUUCAACAGCGAGUGAUAGCACACCUUUGGCAGUAGAAAAAGUGCCAGAUGAGGUCAAAGAUGAACAUACAAAUCAUGACACGCCCCACGUCAAUGGAGAAGACAGUACGAGCAGCACUUCAGGGUCUGAGAGUGAUGACAACCUCACAGUAACAGAGCAAGUGAAAAAGCCAGCGGAGACUAAAGAAGGCCAGGUAGUUUGGGAUGAGAGGCAUGGUGGACCGGACGUCAACAUGCAAGAAGACAGCGGACACUUUAACCGAAAUAAGGACAAUCAGCCGAGCUUCAGUGCAUCCGAAGACAUGCAGAGAGUCCCUCAAGACACCCUGGAAAAUCCUCUGGACAUGGGCCUUGGUGUUGAGGUUGAGCAUUCGUCCUCUGGCUCCUCAGGAUCUUUAGACUCCGUGGACCCAGUUUCUAACGUUAAUGAAGAAGAAGUGGGAGUUAUCUCAACUGGAAUUGUUUACAUGGGUUGCAUCCUUUCCAUGAUGGAGACAAAAUUCACAGAGUGGACAAAAGUGAUGAUUUCACUACUACCAGAAGAGUGGAAGCCGGGGGAAACCCUGUAUGGGUGUCCUUGGCAGGCUGUGGUCAUCACUGCUUUGAUCGGAGUGGUAACCUUCACCCUCUUCUUCUGGAGGACCGUGUUGGCUGUAAAGAAGAGACACUUCCUUGUGGAUGAGAAAAAGCUCUCAGAGCAAAUUAAAGCGCUCAAAAAAGAGAGGGAGGAUGCCCUCACCAAAAUGUCUCAACUCCAGAAACAGACUGAACAGCUAAAAGAAAAUCAAAAACAAUCAAAGAAAGAAGUUAGUUUUACAGCGAGAAAAAUGCAAGAUCUGGAGAGUAAGGUUUUGGAGGCCGAAACACGGAAUGAAGAAACAGCUGAGGAAAGGAACAAAUACGCCAAACUCCUCCAGGAUGAGCGGGUCAAUUCUCAACAAAAUGAAACAAGGAUCGAGAAAUUAGAGAAGCUGAACGAAAAACUGCAGCUCAGCAGGAAAAAGAUUCAGGAUGCUCUCUCUAAGACCAGCGUGCUCCUGGACGAGGCCAAGAUCCGCGAAGACGCCCGAAACGUUCAUCAGAAAUCUCAAGGGAAAGAUUUUUCUGCACUAAAAGAAGAAAAUAAAACACUUAAGGCAAACAUAAAGGUCUGGGAGGAGAAACACAAGGAGCUGAACGAGCAGAUUAAAGUUUAUCAGAAGUCCCAGAAAGAGCUGGAGGACUCGGUGGUGCUGAAAGAUCACAAUGUGGAGGUGCUGUCUGAUCUUCUGGCAGACCUGGAUGCUUGUGAUUCACAGAAAGGCGACACCAAAGUUUUAGCCAACGGAGAAGUUGCACCUGACAAGAAGACAGCCAUAAAAAACAGGAUCAAACAGAUGAUGGACGUUUCUCGGGUCCAGACGACUCUGACUGUAGUCGAAGAAGAGCGUGAUCGCUUCAUGACUAAACUACUGAAUGAAGAGAAAAGUAGGAAGUCACUGGAAGAUCAACACAGGGAGCUGGAGCACGCAAUCGCAGCCCUAAAGAGUGAGAAGAGCCAUGUGGAAAACCAGUUCACGAUCCUCCAGCAGAAAAAUGAAAUCAUGGUGGAAAUGUAUCAGCAGAAGGAAAACGCUCUGCAGCAGAGAUUAACGAAGGAGGAGCUGGAGCGUCGCAGCAAAGAGAGCAUGCUGACUGAGGUGGGAGGGAAAGCCGUGGAGGCCGAGGAGCAGGUUAAAGUCUUACGACAGCGCAUUAAUGAAAUGGAGGAUCAGAUGAAGAAGACAGAGGAAGUCUAUAAAGAACAGAUAAAAGAACAAGAGAACAAAACUCACUCUAACUGGGUGAAUGCUCGUAAUGCGGAGCGGGCGCUGAAUCAAGAGAAACUUGAAGCAUCAAAGCUCAGAGAAAAACUCGCUGUGCUGACCUCACAGCUGAACGAGCGCCGCGCUCCACUCUUCAGACCAAACUCCGGACAACCCGCAGGCCCUCGCCAAGGUGAUUCAUAUGGGCCCUCUCCUGUGAGUGGGGGUGCACCCUCUCCUCCGAUAAUGAUAGAGGGCCCCAGGCGCCCUCCCUCUGCCCCAGUGGGGCGAAGAAUUGACCCGUAUGGUCCCCGACCUCCAUCAGACCCACACGGUCGUUACGCUGAAAACAAACACAUUUCUGGGAUGGACAUGAUGGGCCCUCGCAGCUCCUCGCCUGCCAACAUGGAUGUAUCUGGCCCUGGAUCCUUCCUAGCAUCUCCAAUCAGGGACUCGCCAGGCCCCAUGGUCCAAGGACCUCCACCCGGCCCUGGACUACAUGACCAGAUCCUCCCUCCUGGACCCCAUGGCCGCUUGCCUCCUCCUGGUCCUUACAGACAUCAACGACCAGGCUCCUACCACCUCCCACCAGGACCUCAUGGUCCUCUUCCUCCAAAUGUACCUCCUCUUCAUGGGCCACCACUACCAGCCAACGGGCACCCAGGCAUGCCUUUGCCUGGGCCAAUGGGAGGAGAGUUUGGACCUCGGCCUACCAAUGGACAUGCGUUUCUUCCCAGGCUAGGCCCUGGACAUGAUCCUCGGGGUCCCCCUCCACCACACUUCCGUCCUCCUCAUCACUUUGGACCGGUGCCUCCUCACGGUAUGCGGGGCCCCAUGGGACCACGUCCACCCUUCCCUCCAGACAUGCGUUUCCCAGGCCCACGUGACCCCAACGGCCCACCAAUGAACCUGCCUCCAGGUGUCCAUCCCCACCCGUCACAUCCCGGAGAUGCUUAUGGUCAGGCUCCACCCGAUGCCCUCCAGAGCUCAGCAGUUGCUCACAGCGGCCCUGGACAGGGCCCACAUGUGAAACAGGAGGUCCCUCAGGACUCAGGGAGGCCAGCAAUGGUCAAGCCUUAAAAAUGCCAGCAGCUCUGGCAGAGGACUUGAACUUACCCCAAACCCAUUAACACCCCAGAUCCAGUCUGGACAUAGGUCAUGAUUAUUUUCAAACUUCAGUUCUACGAUAAAAACUGCAUUUAUGUUUGUCAAAAAAAGAGAAACAUGGUCCUUAAAUUAAAGCAUCAUCAAUAAUUGUGUGUCUGAAAUCCACAAGUUUAAAGGGUUGCCACUUUUUUAAACAGCUUAUUGUGCAAUAAUAAGUCAUUAUACGCCAGAGGAACUUCAUCUUUGUUGAUCUUUAAAAAAUAUAUAGCAAUGAUUUUUAAGGGGCAAAUUUUUUAAUGUCAUUUCCUGUGGAAAUUAUUUUAAAAAAAGGAGGGAGGUUUAGCUUUUAGCAUUUCAGGAAUACCAUCAUUUUCCCAAAGCUGAUGCUUUAGAACCAACUGUAAAGCAAAUGUGUAAUAUGAUGAUGGCCAGAUGUAUAACUUAUUUUACUAUGUUGGUAGAACUUUUAAUAAUAAAGAAUGUAAAAGCUGUCAGUGUUAUGGUAUCAGCUGGUUACAGAUCAUUUACCAUGGAUGUAUUUUACACAAGCCAUUCUCUUAACAUUUUGUAAUGCCUUUGCUCCUUUUGAAGUAAAUUAGGUUAAUAUCUUGGCUUUUGCUGACACCAAAAAAUUAAGUUUAGUUCUGUUCAUUUAAAAACAGUAUUUUAAUUUAUCCAAAACAUGCAUACUCUGCAAAAUUAGGCUUACUCUAUAGAGGCUGAAACAAUACAAAGUUUGUACUCCUAUUACUACUUUCUACUCAUAAAGGUUGUUUUCUAAAUGAAAGAAUGCACCAAACUGCCUCAUUUGUAGUUUAUUUGAAAUAAAGCAUUGUAAAUGUU